GGGUAUUGGUGUUAAAUGGCCCAACUGUACACACCCAUUUGGGUGUGGGCCGCCCAACUUGACAUCCCUACCCUCACCCACAUCCCUCUGGAUCCAGACUCGCUCCUCGAGAUCAACGGUGUUCGAUGCUCUCAAGGAGUUUCCUCUCAGCUGAGGAGAGACCGUGUUGAUAAGAGAUCUGAAGCCGUUACUUACAUCAGCACAGACAGCAUCAGGCUAUCCGGUAGCGUGAGGUUUGAGGUGUAUGACAGAGAAGAGCUGGUUUUGUCUGGGACGUUGGAGUUGUCUGGUAGUAAUAAUGGCUUCACAGGGGAGUCUGUUAAGCAUAGCGUGAAGCGGUGGGGGAUGAGCUGUGAAGCUGAGAUCACUGCAGGGUGUGGUUUCUUGAAGGAGAAGAAACACAUUGGUUGUUCUGAGAUGUCAUCAUCUCCGUUGUUGCCGACUGUUGAAGUUUAUGUCACUGGUUGCUUCUCUGGAACACCUAUCAUCUUGACCAAGACGCUUCAGCUUGGUUUUAGGAAGAAGCAGGUCAAUAGAGUGGCUGCGUUAGAUUCGAUUCCUGAGUAUGAGACCGGCGAGACUCAUAAAGGCAACUCGUCUGAGCUUGAUUUUCAGGUAACAGAAUACGGAAGGUAUAAACAAGACUAUGAAGGAGAAUACGGAGACAUGUAUAUGGGAAGAGAGUACGCAGAUGUUGAAGAUGGCGAAAUGUCUUGGUUCAACGCUGGUGUGAGGGUUGGUGUUGGAAUUGGUCUUGGCGUCUGUGUAGGUCUCGGCAUUGGUGUUGGCCUUCUGGUGCGAACCUAUCAAUCAACCACCAGAAACUUCAGAAGAAGAGUCAUCUAGUAGUUUCACUUAAACUUGCCUCAAGCUUCUUGUCCUUCUCUGUCUCUCUCUAACUCCACUCCAACGCAAAUCUCUAAACUUAAUAGAGUUUAAUAGCUAAUACAUUUGUGUAGUAUGAUAAUCUUUCUUCAUGUGUGUGUGUUUUUUUUUCUCUUUGUGCCUUCAAAUUUUGAAAGAAACCAUUCUCUUCUUCUUUGGUUUGUUGAGAUUGAUGAUACUGAAAGAAACAAAGCUUGUCUGCUUCCUGUAAAUAAAUGCAUUUUUGAGUGUAAAGUGUUUUUGGAUUCA